AUGGCUGAUCGCUACUCCUUUUCUCUGACCACGUUCUCCCCCAGCGGAAAGCUGGUUCAGAUUGAAUAUGCCUUGAACGCUGUCAACCAGGGUGUAACUGCUCUGGGCAUCAAAGCUACCAACGGAAUUGUUCUGGCAACCGAAAAGAAAGCCAACUCGCCUCUCAUUGACCCACCUUCCCUCUCCAAGAUCUCCCUGAUUACACCCGACAUCGGCAUGGUCUACGCUGGAAUGGGCCCAGAUUACCGUGUGCUCGUGGACCGGGCCCGCAAGGUUUCUCACACUGGCUACAAGCGCAUCUAUAACGAAUACCCCCCUACCCGGAUAUUAGUGCAGGACGUUGCCCGUGUUGUUCAAGAAGCGACCCAGUCUGGUGGUGUCCGACCGUACGGUGUCAGCUUGUUGAUUGCUGGCUGGGACGAGGGCGUUGAGCCUGAAUCAGGAGAGGCUCAGCAGGGUGAUGGUGAGGACGAGCCUAAGAAAGCAACCGGCAAGACGGGUGGUAUCUUAAAGGGCGGCCCCAGUCUGUACCAGGUCGACCCCAGUGGCAGUUACUAUCCGUGGAAGGCCACGGCCAUUGGAAGACAUGCGACGAGCGCAAAGACAUUCCUUGAGAAACGUUACACCGAGGGUCUCGAGCUGGAAGAUGCCAUUCACAUUGCUCUCCUGACUUUGAAGGAGACUAUUGAGGGAGAGAUGAACGGUGAUACGAUAGAAAUUGGCAUUGUUGGUCCUCCUGCCGAUCAUCUGCUUGGUUAUGAGGGUGUUGAAGGAUCGCGCGGACCCCGUUUCAGGAAGCUGAGUAAGGAGGAGAUUGAGGACUAUCUCACCAACCUAUGA